AAAUAGGGGCUUAGUAUAAAGACGUUGUUACUAGCACAUUUUCUGUUUUUCAGUUGCUGUGUUGUGGUUUGAGCCAUGGUCAUUUGCAAAGUUCAGCUUGUGCGUUCAUUUUUAUUUUUAACUGUAGAGUUGUAUCAAUUAAGAUUUCCUUGGGCAACAUCUGUACAAUACACCACCAGACCAUCUUUCCACACAUGCUCCAAUACAAUAUAAAUCAAUUACACACAUGGCACAUCAGUGCACAUAAGCACUUUAAGCACCAUAUAAAAACUAUUAAAAUAUUAUAUAUAGCACAAUACAUGCGUUCACAUGUAUGCAUGCACUUACCCAUAUACUGCACAUGCAUACAGUACAUGUGCACCCAUAAAUAUUUUGCAUUUCACUAAUACUAUUAUAACUAUUGGGUGCUCAGUACACACAUUACAAUUUAUACAUUUGAUUGGCAUGUAUAAUUAUCAAUGCAUACUACUAAUUAAUCUAUUAUUAUUGUCCUCUUCUUGACAUCUACAGUAUGUACAGUUACCUAUACAUUUGUCUAAACUACUUUUUAUCCCUAGUGACUUAACUAUCGACCCUCAAACAAACGAAAUAUCACAACAAAACAAAAUAAACAACAAAAAAAAAACGAAAUAUCACAACGAAACAAAAUAAACAAAAAAAAUAGUAGGGUUUACAUCAAUCUUCAGUUUCUUGUAUUUAUAGGUGUCCAUAAUUCCUCUAAUUCAUUCAUUUUAAACUGCAAUCUUGCUGUCACUCUUCCCAUUUCCGUCACAUGGUCCCUCCAGCAUUUUUCAGAUGUUGCACUGAAUUUAGCUAUAUUAGUUGGAAGAAUUAAAUAUUUCAUUUUAGUUUUCCAUUCGAACUCUCUCCAUUAUAUGUUGUACUAUUAUUUAAUCUUGUAUGUCCUUCUUUGUGCGUUCGCUUUAAAACAAAGACCGAAUAAUCUCGUGGCCCAGUUUCCCCCUGAUGAUGACUAUUAAUCAAUGAGUUUAUCUAGAGCCAGCAUAAUCUGUUGGGACUAACUGCGCAACCACAGGCAUGAAGCUUUUGUAAAAAAAAUAAAAAUAAAACCUGCAUGAACCUGUAUGUCAGCCUGACAACAAUCAAGGAAGGGAAAACAACUGAAUAGAAAGCCAUGGCAGCGGAAUUAGACAUAGUGAAUCUGUUUAUAAUUGCUGGGGCAACACUGGCUAUUCCCCUUUUGGCAUUCGUCGCUUCCUUCCUUCUGUGGCCCUCGGCGCUCAUUAAAGUCUACUAUUGGUACUGGAGGAGGACUCUAGGUCUCCAGGUACACUAUGCAGACUGCGGAGGCUAUCGCUUCUGUUACUCCUGCCGAGGAAAGCCCGGAAUGAGACCUUCUAUUUUGAUGCUGCACAGCUUCUCGGCUCACAAAGACACCUGGCUCACGCUUGUCAAGUACCUACCAAAACAUCUGCACAUUGUGUGCGUGGACAUGCCAGGCCACGAGGGAACGACACGCACCAACACAGAAGAUUAUUCCAUUGUGGGCCAGGUCAGGAGGAUUCAUCAGUUCGUGGAAACCAUUCGCUUAAACCGGAAACCUUUCCAUGUGGUUGGGACCUCCAUGGGGGGAAAUGUAGCUGGGGUGUACGCUGCCACCUACCUUUCUGAAAUUUGCAGCAUGACUCUCAUUUGUCCAGAUGGGAUCAAACACCCAUGUGAGACCAAAUUCGAUAAUCAUCUGCAAGACCUGGAACGUAGCAAUUACACACUGAAUAUCCCACUGAUCCCAACCACACCUGAGGAGAUGGAGGACAUGUUCAGACUCUGUUCUCAUGUUCGCUUCAAAAUACCUCAGCAGAUUCUUCAAGGACUAGUUGAUGUCCGAGAGCCUCACAAUACUUUUUAUGAAGAAGUGUUUCUCGAGAUUGUUAGUGAGAAAUCCAGAUAUGCCUUACAGGAACACUUGCAUCUCAUCACUGCACCUGUACAGGUGAUAUGGGGCAAACGGGACCAGGUGGUGGAUGUGUCUGGAGCCAUAGUCAUUGCAGAAAUAUUGCCAGGAUGCAGAGUGGACCUGCUGGAGAACUGUGGCCACUCUGUGGUGAUGGAGAGGCCUUGUCGCACAGCCAAACUCAUUCUAGAGUUCAUUAUCCUGCAGCAAGAAGCAAGAGGCGGCACAAAGAAAUCAUCUUGAAAUCAAAUUGGUCUUUGUGUGUGCAUGUGCGUGCCACUUAACUGGUUCCAUAUUUAAUUACAAAUAUAAAGAAACUAAGUUGAUCAAAGUUAGUGUACUGUGGUGGUUGAUUUGAGUCUAGAGAACUUUGUGCAGUAGUCAGUCAUGGCAGUAAAGUUAGCUUCUGUCAUUUUCCAAUUCUAUAUGGGACGACAUACUCAGUCUCAUGUGUUGUAUGACAGAUUAUUGCAAUGUUAGUAAAUGAGUCAACCUAAGGGGGCAAUACAGUGUGCGAGUGGUUCGCACGUGUGCCACAGUUCUGGGUUCGAAUACAUUUUCUUCAGAUAUUCUGUCUGCCACAUUCUUAAAACAUCCAUCCAUCCAUUUUCUUUACUGCUUCUCCUCACUAGGGUCGCAGGCUACUGGAGCCUAUCCCAGCUAUCUUCGGGUGGGAG